CGAGUCCUUGCCACGUCGCGAAUGAGAAGGAUAUGCAUCAUAGCAAUGGUAGUGAUCGGCAGUUGGAGCUUGUCGCAGUUCCUCUUGACCGUUUUCCUCUGUGUUCCAGUGGCAGGAUUUUGGGAUGCGUCAAUACAGGCAAAGUGUAUCCCGACAUUGCCAGAAUGGUAUCAGAAUGCAGCCGGAAAUAUAUUUACAGAUAUAGUCAUAUUCUGUUUGCCUUUACCGAUGCUAGGACGUCUCAACUUGCCAAGAACACAGAAAUGGAUUCUGCUGGGAAUUUUCUCUCUAGGGUUUUUCACCUGCACAAUCUCAAUAAUUCGAAUCAAAUACCUCCAUCUAGAGAUUGAUGCCACCUGGCAGAACGUGGAAUCGUCGCUCUGGUCGUUGUGCGAGUUGUGUUCGGGGACCACUUGCUCAUGCUUGCCAUGCCUUCGUCCUCUGGCAUCGCGAUGGCUGCCGGUUCUCUCGAGCAGAUAUGGGAACGGCUACAACCAACAGCCUGAAUCUCAUAUACACAUGAGCGAAGGGCAUGUGGAUCUUGAGUCCGGGCGCAAAAGGCACCUUCCAGGCUCGUCUGUAGAGUCUGACAGCGAUAUGAUAUUUGGUCUAGAGGACUAUCGAUUAAACGCGUCAUCGAGCGGCGAUGACCCUGGCGCGCUGACUGGUAGUGGGCAGAAGGCCAUAAAAAUGUUCUAUAUGGCCAAGGGGCCCAGCCUCAGGAUACCUAAGCCACUCAAAACAGCAUCUGGCAGAGUGUGGGUACAGCCAGUUAUGGCUACUCGAGAAGGUCAAAGUGGCACGCCUGUCGACACGAGGGAUAGGUAUUGGUCUGUUGCCCCAGUUAUUCGAGUGAAACGUGAAAUAUAUGUAUAUCAAUCAAGACUAUAAAUG